CCUCGCUAGACCCGCCAGUUUCGCGCUGGCAUUCGCAAGAGAAGCGUGUACUGUAAUCAAUUUAAACUACACGCACUUGUCAAAUUUGAAUUUGGAAUUUUUUAUUUUUUAUUCCCCGCUCCCGAGAUGGUCAGGAAUAAGGACGGCGACGGGAUCGAGAGUAGUAAAAUAAUUUUGGAAAUCCAAAAGCGGCCUUGUUUAUACGACACGAAUGACGUGUUUUACGGCGACCGGGCGGAGAAGAUGAGGAACUGGGAGGAGGUGUACGAGUGCGUGGUGCCGGGAUGGGCAGCCCUGGGCCUGGCGGAGAAGCUGGUGGCUGGCAAAGAAGUCCAAAAGCGAUGGCGCUCUAUCCGGGAUUCCUACACCAAGGCAUACCGCCAAGGAAAGUGUACGCCGCCGGAGCAGGCGUCCAACAGGAGAUCACAAUAUCAUCGUCAGAUGGCGUUCCUACUUCGAGCUUUGCAGAACAAGAGACCACGGUACUCCCAAGACAAAUACGAAUCACUCUCUGAAGUUUCGAGUUCCCCACAGCAUCCUCCAGAAGAUAUACGGAUACAGGACAUAGAAAAACCACUGGACUUAAAGACUAAACCGGAAAAAGUGUAUCACGAUAAGGAAUGUCAAGUUUCCUUUGAUGACAAGACAUGUGUGCUACCUGAGGACCAUUUUAGAGAUGACAAAAUGUUUAUGAACUCUCUUCUCCCUAUGUUUAAGAAGAUGAGUGAUGACACACGACUGCUAUGUAGGAUAGAAGUGUUGAAAAUCAUCAGGUACGCUCUCCAAGGUCACAAGUGUUUCGAAGAUUUGAAGGUGGCGGAAGACAGGUUUUUCAAAGACAGCAUGAGUGGUAUACUAGCUAAGGAGGAAAAGGAGAAAAUGACGACGAGGUCAGAGAAUGGAAGGCCGAUUAGGAAAAGAAAAACAAGAUCACCUUCCCCCAGUCCAAUUCCUGUGAAAAAGAGGGGUCCUGGUCGUCCGAGAAAGAUCCGUCCACCCGAAUCGGAUGAUGAACAAUACAAAAAGGUACCCAAAGUACCCAAACUCGCACCCAAGUUGGUACCCAACUUAGUACCCAAAGUGGAACCAGAGGAUGAAUACGGCUACGCGACAACCAUCAACCAACUGCCAAUGCCAACGUUUAUGAAGAUGCUCAAUUUAGAAAGGUCCAGCACCAGUCAGGUUCAAAUAAAGACAGAACCGGUGGACGAAGUGCAGUGAGAUUUCUAAGAACUAUUUUAUGUGAAAUAUAUUCCUCUCCUCACUUUGAGGAGACUAGGCGUUUGCCUACAGAAUAGGGAAUAUAACGCAAAG